AUGCCUUCCUUUUGCUGCUCAAUCUGCUGCUUAUGUUGCUUCAGUCCAAGGCACCGGCAGGCACGACAUCAGAUCGACCGAGCUGCAGUUGCCAGUUAUGUUCCCAUCCCGAACCUGCCGUCUUCCUGUAUGGUGGCCGUGCCUGCCUGCCUGCCCGGACCCGAGGAAAGCGCCGAUAUACGGAACCAGAAAGUUCCACUCGCCGACCUCGAAACUUCAGACUUUCACAGUCGGGUGUGUUCGCAAACUCUCGGUCAACAUCCAUCGCCUUGGUUCUCUAUACCUUCUCGUCUAUCUAAAGGACCUACCACCACUGGACCGACUGACGACGGUUCAGUUGCCCAACGAGUACCCUGCAUUAGACGGUCAUCCUUACAUCCAGUCCACGUACAAAUGGCCAUCCCUCCUCAACUGCAUGGGAGCCCGAAGCCAACAAGCGCCAACGCACUUGACGAUCCGCCUAUAACCCAAGGAACCGGACGCCAAAAACGCUGCGGGCUUGGCCGGUGGUCACACGUCGGCCGCCAAACCACGACAUGUGCACAAGAGCGAGAUCCGUCCCCACUGCGCAUGACGAUGCCACUUGCUGCACGCAUAAACCCUAUUUCGCAACCCCGAGUUAUUUCUCUCCAUUGA